UUAACAGAGACAGUGAUUUUAUUCCAAUGCGUGUUUCGUGUUAUCUGCAUUAAAUAAAGAUGUUUCCACGCCAAUGUAAAAAAUCUAUAAAUAAUUGAGUAAAUGGAAUUGAAGGUUUAUUAUCAAAGCCAAAUGCAUCUUUAUAUCGAGGCAACAAACAUGAUUGCGUUUGUGGCGAGUGUAAUUAUAUCAAUUGUAUUAUCGUUGUUAAUGGUUUUAGUGGUUUUGCAUAUAAUAAAAGUUAGAAAUGGUUCUAAAUACUUGAAAAAUAUUAAAGGGCCGAAGCCUAAUCCUAUAUUUGGCAAUAUGCUGCACUUUGCAGUACCUUCAUACAAAAUUUUCGAGGUAACUCAAAAAUUGUUAGACGAAUUCGGAUCGAACGUUAUAAUUUACAAUGGGCCUCUAACAAGAGCCGUUUUAAUAACGGACGUAAAACUAAUUGAGCAUAUUCUAAGCUCUAUGAAAUUCAUAGAAAAAUCCGAGCAAUAUGAGCACAUGUACAAAUGGCUAGGAACGGGAUUGUUAACAAGUGGAGGUUUAAAAUGGAAAAAACGCCGUCGUAUGAUAACACCAUCAUUCCACUUCUCGAUUUUGGAAAAUUUCGUAGAUGUUUUCGAAAACGUCGGCGAUGUAUUCGUAAAAAAACUUGAAGAACACGUUGAUAAACCCUCUUUCGAUAUCUACCCUAUAAUUUCAUUGUGCACUCUAGACGUUAUGUGUGAAACAUCCAUGGGCACCCCAAUCAACGCCCUCAACAACGCAUCCUCUGAUUACGUGAGAAGCGUGAAAAACAUGUGUAAGAUACUUACGGAUAGGAAUUUUUCCCCAUUAGACCGGCGAUUCUAUCCCUUCACUCUGAAUUUCUAUCGAGAACAGUUUGCUUUAAAGGUACUACAUAGGCAUACUGACGCAGUUAUUGAUAGAAGAAUGAAGGAGUUCCGAGUAAAUUCUGAUCAAUCAAGUGAGACCAACGAUUGCGGCAUUAAAAAACGAAUGGCUUUUCUGGACUUGCUCCUGAGAAGUACCAUAGAUGGCAAAUCUCUUACCAGAGAAGACAUUAGAGAGGAAGUGGAUACAUUUAUGUUUGAGGGUCAUGAUACAACUUCAUCUGCAAUUGGUUUUGCUUUAUACAGCCUAGCAAAUAACCCAUUGGUUCAGCAAAAGGCUUUAGAAGAGCAAAUGGAAAUAUUUAAAGAUCUUAAGAACACCCGAGCCACAAUGGCAGAUCUUCAGAACAUGAAGUACUUAGAAUUAGUCAUAAAAGAAACGUUGAGAUUGUACCCGUCUGUUCCGAUUUUAGGAAGGAGAGUAAAGGAGGAAUUCGAAUGGGAAAAUUCGAUAUUUCCGAAAGAUAUUCAAGUAAUACUGUUUGCGUACGGUUGUCAGAGAAGCGACAAGAAUUAUGAGAAACCUUUAGAAUUUAUUCCAGAGAGAUUUUUAGAUAUGGACGGUACGGACCCAUUUAAGUACAUUCCUUUCAGUGCCGGACCUAGAAAUUGUAUAGGUCAGAAAUUUGCGCUUCUCGAAAUGAAAAGCACGAUAUCAAAAGUGUUGAGAAACUUCAAAUUGCUACCGGCAAAUCCGAAUCCAGGGCUGCGAUUAGCUCCAGAAAUAAUAUUGGUAUCGAAAAACGGAAUUAAUGUUUGCCUAAAGAAAAGAUUUUAAAUGUAAAACAGAAGGCAAAUACAAGAAUAAUAAGAUAAUUCCAUUAUUAAAUCAUUUCAAGAGAUGUUUGCUAAUAGAUAAGUGUACUUAAUUAACACUUUAUUUCUUACUUUCUCUAUGUAAAAACUAACUAAAAACUGGGUUGCACGUAGAAAAUAAUUACUCUCAGAAUUAAACAGAUUUUAUUUUUAAAAUAUUUUUUUCACCAAUUUAUUAAUGCUCUAAGCAGUACUGCUAUCUAUCGCACAAUAUCUUGAAGACUUUUCUGCUGGAUUUCCUCCAUAAAUCUUAGUAAGUACUUAUUAUAAAAUUAACAUUUAUAAAAAUAAAACGAUGUAUUAAUUUGCUACUCUCCUAAAUAACUAAAAUAUAUUUCUACCGGAUGAUUGGAAAUGAUCGCGAUUAAUUCAUCGAAAUACUUGAAGGUAAUACGAAAAUACAAGAUACACCGAUAUUACUUCAAAAUAUAGGCAACAUUUUCACGGAACAAACCGUCGCGAUAAUUUCCAGUCACUCAAUAUAUCUCUAUAUACAACAAAAAUAACUCGAUAAUUAAGUCUUAAAUAUUAAAACAGAUCUUAUAAGUUUGCUAUUCAAAUACUUUUUAUAUCUCAAUAGUUGAAGCGUUGGCGAGUUUCUCCGAUUGUAUGUCAUUUUUAGCUAUAGAUGGCUUGAUAGAGGUAUUUUGAUUAAUGAGCUCUUCUUGCUCAGGAAUAGGCAAAUCACUCUUAUUGUAAUUCCAAGAUUGUACCUGAAAUAAUAAACAUACACAAUAAUAUACCAACGAUAAUUCAAACAUUAAACAUACUUCUCCCGUGCCCCAAAUCUGGUAAACAAUAUAAGUUGAGCUAGAGAUGAACGCGGUAAUGUAGAAAACGUUCCUCCACGCCGACAUGUUCUGCUCUUGGCCUUCUAACAUGUGGAAUGCGACUAAAGGGCUGAGGAAACUAGCGGUCAUGUGGAUAGUUUGAGCAAACGCUAAUACGGGUCCAGCGAAAUUCGGAGCUUCGAACAAAUAAAAACGAUGAAAUCAACGCGAUAGAAAAACACGAUAAAACCCUUACCUAUAUCUACGAUAUUAGCCAUUGCUCCUGCGUAAGCCGCCGUGAUGAGAGUAACGGCUGUGAACCAAACGACGAGAACGAGCUCUAUAUCGCAGCCUAGGUAACUGAUCAACAGUACCAAUAAUCCUGGUAAUACUUGAGCUAAAAUCAACCAAACGUAGUAAAGCUAAUAUAACGUACAGCUAGAGGAAACUUACAAGAUGCCGUCAUUAACUUCCUCACGUUCGUCAAAGACAUGUAGUUUUUGGUAACCAAUUUAUCGGCUAUGUAACAGAACAAAACAGAAGCGACGUAGCUGCAAAUGAAUGGCGCUCCAGACAGCAAACCGUUCUGAAAUAUUACGAGUUAAUAAAUAUUUGCCAAAAUAAUUGUCCCCUUUUGAAAAAUAUUGAAAUGUUUGAAGAGUAACGGUUAUUUUGUAACAGUCGUUACCGCACCUUUAUACCAACAAAUGAUUCCCACCUCUAUUAAACUUCUGUCACACGAAAUGUCAUUAAUGUCAAUUUCGAUAGUUUUCAUUUAUGUACCAUCGAACGCAUCUUAAAGUCCCACCCAUUCGCGUACAAUGCGACAAAAAAUUAUUCUGUAGAGUAGGGAAGUCCGGUACCAGAUUAACAUUUAGAUAAAUCCGAUCAAUUCACCUUUUCAAUGUUAAAUCCGAGUAUGCUCUUCAUGUACGUGGGACCAGACACGAUGAAAAUAUAGUGCACCCAUAUCCUUCCGAACGUCGUUAUGCCGAUAGACCAAGCCGGCAACGAUUUGAAAAUCUCCUUCCACGGCACCGAUUGCGCCUUGGCGCUUUCGUAACUGACGAUGGUGUUCUCUUUGAUGUACUGCUGCUCUCUCAGGCUUAUCCUCGGAUGGGUCUCGGGGCUGUCGAAGGCGAGCAAGUACCAUAUCAGGCACCAGAGAAUGCCGAUGGAACCCGUCGUGUAGAACACGGAGCGCCAACCGAGGUGGGCGAUAAGGAAACCGCACAGUGGAUAAGUUAUACCGAUACCGAUGCUAAAACCUGGAAAAAUAAAAGGUUU